AUCCGCCACAGACGACGUAGAUCAUGGCCACCAAGCACCUCGUCAUCACUCCUUUCCAAGGAUGGGGCCACAUCCGCCCCGUAUGCACGCUGGCCGCGCGCAUCGUGAAGCUCGACCCGUUGGUCACCAUAACCUUCUUCGUGGCCGCGAUGUUCUUCCCCCUCGCCCAGGCGGAGAUCUCGCGCACCUUCGCCGACGGAGAGGAUGCCGCGACGCGCAUCCGCGUCAUUGCACUAGCACAGCACGAGAACCCGAUGAUCUCGGCAACGUACGAGGAGGCCUUCGGGGAGGCGUGGACGAAGAUCGUCGCGCAGGAGCCCAUUACGUGCGUGAAGUCCGGCGCGGUGCACGAGCCCAUCCCGGUCGCGCCCAAGCAGGUCAUUUUGGACUUCUUCGCGCCUAGGACGUUUGAGUUCAUCCGCAGGGAGGCUCCCGACGUGAAGAUCAGCACGUGGUACCCCAGCGCGGCUUACAGCGGGCUCUAUCUAUUCGGUCCUGAGAGCCUUGGCGGGAGGGGGAGCUUGCUCGUCAAGGCGGAGCAAGAGGCGGCGGCGACGGGAAAGCCGUUCGACGUAGCAGCUGCUGAGGUCUUCUCCAAGACCGAGGGUAAGGUCAUUCGCGUCCCCGGCCUUCCCCCGAUGUACGACUAUGAGUACGAGCCCCAGGUUAUGCCCCUCCCCCCUCCCCUUGUCGGAAACUCCUUCAUCAAAGCCCACGACCUCUUGCUGAAAACGGACGCCGUUAUUGCCAUGAGCCCCGCAGCGCUCGAACCCGAAGACGCUGUUGUCGCAUUCCGCCAGUGGCUGGGCAGCCUCGGAAAGAAGGUGUACUUCACUGGCCCUCUCGUCCCAGAAGGUGCCAACGCAGACUCUGGCGAGAAGGCUGGGUCGCCUGUUGCGCUGCAGAUUCAGGCGUUCUUGGACCGCCAACUGCAGGAGAAGGGGAAGCACUCUGUUCUCUAUAUCUCGUUUGGCUCGAUGUUUUUCCCGCUGAACCCCGAAGUCUUUGCGGCUUUCCUUGAGACUGUGAUGGAGCAAAAGAUUCCCUUCAUUGUCAGCCACCCCUCACCCUUCGCCGUCUUCUCCCACGAGUUGAAGAAGAAGGUCGAGGAGUACGGCAACGGCUUCUUCUCCCCCUGGUCGCCACAGCAGACCCUACUCAACCAUCCCGCAACGGGCUGGUUUGUCACGCACGCAGGGUUCAACAGCACGCUCGAAUCCAUCCACGCCAGCGUCCCGCUCAUCUGCUGGCCCUUCCUCGGGGACCAGCCCGUGAACACGAUCGUGCUCACGGAGACACACCAGGUCGCGUACGAGUUGCUUGAGGUGCGCACAGGCCAGGGCCUGCGCCCGAUCUUCCGCACUGGCAAGACGCCGACGGGCACGCUCGACGCGGUCCGCGCGGAGGCGCGCGAUGUGCUUGCGCGUGCGUUCGGCGAGGACGGCGCGCAGAGGCGCGCACGGUUGCUUGCGCUCAAGGAGCGCGUCAACAAGGAGUGGGAGGAGGGCGGCGCGUCGCGAAAGGACGUGGAGGCGUUCAUUUCGACGCUUCAGUAAGGCAUAAUUCUGCGCGAAGUUCGAUUGUACUUUUAUGGGGGGGUGGAUUUGAGUCUGCUUUCGCCGAAAAUUGUACAUUGACCACUCGAUCGUCGUUUCGUCAUGCAACAACAUUGGGG